AUGCUGCCUUACCUGUUCCCUGACCUGUCCACCUUUGCUACAGUCGCCGAUCUUAUCACCCACCUUCGCACUAGUGAUGCUCGCCUGCGUGCCGCCCUUCCCACCGAGUUCUGCGCUAAGCACCCCCCUCCACUGUACUGGACACUCCACUUCAUAGUCACCCGUCUCCCUGACACCCUCAGCUCAGUUCGAGACCACUUCCUUGCUCGCUGUCCCACUGAGCUCACAGUCGCCCUCCUAGAGGAGAAGCUGCUAGCGGCCGAGAAGACCAUUGUAGCUGUCGGUGCUGCUCGUGGCGCUCCUCGCACCCCCAUCUUUGAGGGGUGUUCUCCCUCUCCCCUCGCUCCCUCCUACGCUACUGCUGCUGCUGUUGACUUCCUUGGUGCUGAGUCUGCUGGCGCUGCUUCUGCUCCUGGUGGGAGGCGCCGCACCGGCAAGGGCAAGGGGGGCAAGGGUGGCGGGGGUGGCGCUGGGGGGGGAGGAGGUGGGGGAGGUGGGAGGGGAGGCAGUGCUGGAGGGAGCGGUGGCGGCAGUACUGGUGGGAGUGGGGUCGGCAGCGGAGGCGGGGGCGGCGGAGGGAGCAGUGGCGGCGGUGGCGGCGGUGGCGGUGGCGGCGGUGGCGGUCGGAGCGGAAGUAGUCGUGGCGGCGGAGGUCGGAGUGGAGGCACUGGCUCGGGCCAGAGCUCCCAGCAGCAGCAGCGUCCCCAGACGACCCAGCAGCUUCGUGAGUGGCUUGCUCAGCGUGGGACGUCGGGGGGCAGUGUCCGCUGUUCCUAUGUCAUUCGCACAGGUGACCGCAAGGGACAGACGUGUGGGAAGUUCCACACCCCGUACCGCUGCUUCUCCCGCCUUGACGACGCUUGGCGUGAGGAGAUGGGCGAGGAUGUUGAGCGCCCCCGCUGGGCGGAGCUGAUGAGGGCUGGUGUUGAUAUCUUUGCUCUUGACUAUGAUGCUAUUAUUGCUGCUAUGUAUGCAUUGACUGUUAGUGCCGAGGGAGACUGUUACUUGUGUGUGCCGCCUGACCCAGGUAUAGAGCCCGCUGCCCUAGGUACUCGUGAGUCUGCUCUCUCUGGUAUGGUGCCCUCUGUGGCUGCUCCCUCCGGUACUGUCCCUGCUGCUUGUGAGUCUGCUCUCUCAGGUACAGCACCCACAGAGACUGCUCUCUCAGGCACUGCACCGGCUGAGACUUGUCACACCUUCACCCUUGACUCAGGUGCUUCCCGCUGUUUCUUUCGUGACCGUACUGAGCUCACACCGCUUCCUGCACCGGUCCCAGUCUCCUUGGCUGACCCCUCUGGGGGCCCAGUCCUUGCACGGUCCACCACUGUGCUCCCGUGUCCAGCGGUUCCGUCUGGCUCGUUGUCGGGUUUCCACCUCCCCUCGUUCUCGACGAACCUGGUGAGCAACGCUGUCAUCCAGGAUCAGUGGGUUGACACCUUUACCCCUGGAGGACAGCGUGUGGCGAUCCUCACGUGCUCCAGGUCCGGCCGUCACCUGGCUACGUUUACCCGUCAGCCGGGGUCGAGUCUCUACACACUGACCACUGCGUCUCCUCAGGUCGCUGCUGUCGGUCAGGUGUCCGCGUCAGGUCUGGUGGCCCACGCCUGUGAGUGUCGUUCCCUGUCGCACCAGACUCUUCUCUGGCACCACCGCCUGGGUCACCCCUCCUUGCCACGCCUCCGUGGCAUGCACCGUCGCCACCUUGUGUCUGGUCUUCCCAGGUCCCUCCCUCCCCUCCCUGCCUCGCCUGCGCCGCCUUGCCUUCCUUGCGUCGAGGGGCGGCAGCGCGCCGCUCCUCACUCCUCCUCGUUCCCCCCGACAGAGGCUCCUCUGCAGACCCUCCACCUGGACGUGUGGGGCCCAGCCCGCGUUCGUGGUCAGGGCGGUGAGCGGUACUUUUUGCUGGUUGUCGACGACUACUCGCGUUACACCACGGUCUUCCCCUUGCGCACCAAGGGUGAGGUCCCUGCUGUUCUGAUCCCUUGGAUCCGCACAGUUCGUCUCCAGCUCCGCCGCCGUUUCCGGACGGAUCUUCCUGUCCUGCGUCUGCACUCUGACAGAGGUGGUGAGUUCUCCUCCGACCUCUUGAGGACCUUCUGUCAGGCGGAGGGCAUCGAGCAGACCUUCACGCUUCCGGACUCCCCACAGCAGAAUGGGGUUGCUGAGCGCCGCAUUGGCCUGGUCAUGGAGGUCGCUCGUACCUCCUUGGUCCACGCGGCGGCUCCCCAUUUUCUGUGGCCGUUUGCUGUCCGGUACGCCGCGCAUCAGCUCAACCUCUGGCCCCGUGUCUCCUUGCCGGAGACCUCGCCCACACUGCGUUGGACGGGGGAGGUUGGCGAUGCGUCGCGCUUCCGGGUGUGGGGUGCUCGUGCCCUUGUCCGCGAUACGUCCGCGGACAAGCUCUCCUCCCGCACGCUUCCCUGUGUCUUCCUUGGCUUUGUCCCUGACGCGCCUGGCUGGCAGUUUUACCAUCCCACCUCGCGCCGGGUCUUCGCCUCUCAGGACGUCACCUUUGACGAGUCGGUCCCUUUUUACCGUCUCUUCCCCUACCGCACUGCCCCCCUCCCCCCUCCGGUAGACCCCCUCCCCCCUCAGGGUCCUGCUCCUUCAGGUGUCUCUCAGGUAGACCCUCCUCCCGUCGCUGAGCCUGUCGAGGUCACAGGUGACUCAGGUGCUGCUGCAGGUGGUGCUGCUGGGAGUGCUGAGCCUGGGGGUGCUGAGCCUGCGGGUGCUGGGCCUGGGAGUGCUGGGGCUGCGGGUGUUGGGACUGCGGGUACUGGAGCUGAGGGUACUGUGCCUGAGAGUUCGGCGCCUGGGGGUGCUGAGCCUGGGGGUGCUGCGACUGGGGGUGCUGAGCCUGCGUGUACGGAGUCUGGGGGUGCUGAGCCUGGGGGUGCUGCGCCUGAGGGUACUGAGCCUGGGGGUGCUGCUACUGAGCCUACGGAGCCUGGGGUUGCUGCGUCUGGGGGUGCUCCGGUUCGGGGUGCUGAGCAGUCUCUCACACCGCAGCAGCUUCGUGACUGGUACGUCCGGCGCUUUCGCCGCUCUCGUGGCUCUGCUGGAGUUUGGGGUACUGGAGCUGCCGGGACUGGUUGUUCUGGGAGCACUGAGACUGGAGCUGCUGGAGCUGGGGACUCUGGAGCUGGCGGUGCUAGCGGAGUUGGAGCUGCCGGCUCUGGGGGUGCUCUUCCUGGCGGUACUGGAGCUGCUGGAGCUGACGACACUGGAGCUGACGGUUCUGGACACGGUGGUCCUGCUGGUUCUGGAGGUGCUGGCGAGGGGAGGUCUGACGCUGCUGGGGCCUCUGGUGCUGACGUCGCCGACUCGGGGGGUGCUGCGGCGGAGGGUGCUGGUCCUGGUGCUUCUGGUGCUGCGGGUGCUGGAGGUGCUGGCGGAGCUCCGCCGUCGCGCCUGUUCUUUGCCCCUCCGUCGCCGUCGGCUUUGCCGCCGCCUGACACGGUGCUUCGCCAGGUUCUUUCCCUCCCGUCUUCCACUGGCCUUCCUCUCCAGCCUGGCUCCCCCCUCCCUGCUCCUGUGCCUUACACUGCACAGCCGGACUCGCUUACGGAGCGUCGUGAGCCUACGUCUCGUCCUGCCUCGCCUGUUCGCGCUGCUCGCACUGCUCGCACUGGUCCCACUGGCCGUCGUGUCGCGCGUCCGCGUCCUCCUCCUGUUCCUGGCACGCACAUUAUGGCACUUCGUCCUUCCACUGGUCCACAGCGUGUCCCCCUACCGUCUCCACCUGCGUCUUCUCUUCCUGACGUUCCCGACCCUGAGUCUGACAGUGUUCGUGCUGCCCACCCUACUGUCACGCGUCUUCUCGCCACUGUUGUCACUGACCCGUCGUUUGAGUCUUCUGCUGCGUCUGCCCUGGUCGCUGAGCUUGUCGACUUUGCUGCUGCCUGUCGCCUCGACUACGCCGCCAGUCUUGUUGCUGGGUCUGAGUCUGUCUGUCCUCCGUCCGUCGGGGGUGAGUGUGCUCUUGGCACGGACGUCCUUGAGGACAGGCAGGAGGACUUUGACUCUCUUGCGGCUGCUGUACCUCAUCUUGUGGCCUGGUUGCUUGCCCCUGAGGGAGACCCGGAUGCACUAGACAUCCCCACUCCGCGCACUUACGCAGAGGCGAUCUCGGGUCCCUACUCCUCUCAGUGGCAGACAGCCAUGGACGCAGAGAUGGCAUCCUGGAAGUCCACAGGCACCUACGUCGACGAGGUUCCCCCUCCUGGGGCGAACAUCGUCGAUGGCAUGUGGAUUUUCAGGGUGAAGCGGCCGCCAGGUUCUCCGCCUGUCUUCAAGGCUCGUUACGUUGCUAGAGGCUUCAGUCAGCGUCAGGGGGUUGACUUCUUCCAGACCUUCUCCCCCACCCCGAAGAUGACCACUCUUCGGGUUCUACUGCACGUUGCUGCUCAGCGUGACUACGAGCUUCACUCUCUUGACUUCAGCACAGCGUUCUUGCAGGGCAGCCUGCACGAGGAGAUCUGGUUGCGCCGCCCACCUGGCUUUACUGGGUCGUUUCCUCCUGGUACCCAGUGGAGCCUCCGGCGGCCAGUCUACAGUCUCCGCCAGGCGCCACGUGAGUGGCACGACACACUGAGGACUACACUUGCGGCUCUUGGGUUCGCGCCGUCUACUGCUGACCCGUCGCUGUUCCUGCGCACAGACACGUCGCUGCCGCCGUUCUACAUUCUCGUGUACGUCGACGACUUGGUUUUUGCUACUGCUGACACUGAGGCACUCGCUCGUGUGAAGUCGGAGCUGCAGAAGAGACACACCUGCACUGACCUGGAGCCGAGUGGCCCGUACCCAGAGCUUGUAGGCUGCCUCAUGUACCUGAUGACUUGCACGCGACCUGACCUCGCGUACCCUCUUAGCAUCCUUGCUCGUUACGUUGCACCUGGGAGACACAGGCGAGAGCACUGGGAGGCUGCUAAGAGGGUGCUGCGUUACUUGUGCAGUACGUCAGGCAUGGGGCUGGUGCUUGGAGGACGCGACAGAGUUGUCCUUACUGGUCACUCGGACGCUUCUUGGGUGGACGACCUGGCUACGCAGCGGUCGUCACAGGGUUACACCUUCAGCCUUGGCUCUGGUUCUGUCUCGUGGCGGUCCACCCGCUCUUCUUCUGUUCUCGGCUCUAGUUGUGAGGCUGAGAUCUACGCCACGGCCAUGGCUGCACAGGAGUUACGCUGGCUCACCUACCUGCUGACUGACUUGGGAGAGCGGCCUAGUUCUCCUCCAGUUCUGUACGGUGACAACAAGGCGGCCCUUGCCUUGUGUCAGGAGCACAGACUGGAGCACAGGACGAAGCACAUUGCUCUUCGCUACUUUCUUGCUCGAGAGCUUCAGCAGCGCGGUCAGCUUCGGCUUGUGUACGUGGACUCGAAGGCCAACACUGCUGAUAUCUUCACCAAGGCGCUCCCGCCUAGUGAUCAUCAGCGACACUGUACUUCUUUAGGCCUUGUGUCCACAUUCCCUCAUUUGCUUACUGCUUGA